UGCUCCUUGACGAGUUUAGGUUUGGACUCUGAAUCGAUAUUGAAGAAGAAGCUACUGCUCCUGACGGUAUGUGUACUUGUUGGUUUGUGUUCUUCUUCUCUGUAACGACUCGUUCUUCUCGAUGUUUUGGUUAUGUUUCUUUCCAUUCCAAUGCUUUACUUAGUUUUAGAGGGAGUUUGCUUCGUCACGAAAUAUGAUGAAUUGGAAUCGUCAAUUCCAUUCCGACCUUUCAUGGAGUAUGGAAUUGAAUGCCAAGCAAUCCAUCAAAUAUGAAGAUUUUUAAAAAAAAUACAAAAAUACCCUCGUUAAAACUUAAAACCCUAGCUGCACCUUCAUUCUCAUUACUCCGCUCGUUUCUCUCCUUCCUCUUGCGGUCGACUGCAGGUAUGAUUUUUGCUUCUUUCCUUCAUCGAUGUUAUGUUAGAUCGACUGGUCUGUUUCUCUCCUCAUUCCUCCGGUUUCUGUUUCGAUUUCUUUCAAUCAUCUCCAUGUUUGCUUCUUCCUCUGUUAGGAUUUCUUGAUGUAGAUGUGGUUUACGAUUUUUGUUGGUGUAGAUGUGGUUUACGAUUUUUGUUGAUGUAGAUGUGAGUUAAGAUUUCUGUUACUGUAGGCUUAUUACGAUUUUUGUUCUUGAUGUAGAGAUGUGGAUUACGUUUUUGUUACUGUGGUUUUUGAGAGGCUUCUGUUUUUUGUUAGAGAUUUAGGUUAUGAUUUUUGUUACUGCUUCAUAUUAUCUCAUCUAUUUAAUGACUCAAAUCAUCAAUAUGAAGUUGUAUAUAUGCAUCCAUUCAAAUCAUCAAGUUGUAUAUGAGCAUCACUUUGUUACUCUUCUUUUCUUUUUAUUUGUGUUUAGGCUUGUUAACAGCAUAUUGUUUUUUGGAACAUUGAAUAACUUCAUUGUUAAUCACAGAUGGCUAUAAAGAAGCGCACACCAAAAUUGUUGGAAGAGACACUACCAGAAGAUGAAAUAGAAGAUCUUGAUAUGGAGGCUUCUGAAUCUGACCCUGAAACAGAUUCAGAAUCAGAAUCAGAAGGGGAUGAGGAUGUAAGGUUAACUGAACCUUCAAAAACCUCCAUAUACAACAAGGAUGGAAUACUUGAUAAACUUGGAGAUAUCAGCUGGCCUGAGGAUGUGGAAUGGAUCCAUAAACUUUCACUCGAUAUUAACCAAGAGCAAGAGGUAGACGUUAAUGAUGACCUAAACCGAGAGCUUGCUUUCUAUACUCAAGCAUUGGAGGGCACACGUCAGGCUUUUGUGAAAUUUCAAACCAUGGGUCUCCCUUUUCUUCGGCCGUCUGACUAUUAUGCUGAAAUGGUGAAAACUGAUUCCCACAUGGAGAAAAUCAAGGGCCGACUUCUUGUAGAGAAGAGAAGAAUUGAGGAAGCUGAAGAGAGAAGAAAGGCUAGAGACAACAAAAAGAAGGCGAAAGAAGUGCAGGCACAGAAACAGAAAGAGAGGGUGAAACAGAAGAAAGAUGAGAUAGAAUCCGUUAAGAAGUGGAGGAAACAACGCCAACAAAGUGGGUUUGCCGGAGGUGAAAAAGAAGGUGGUGAUAUGGGUUUGCCGUUUGCCGAUGGAAAAGAGUCUCAGAGGUCUUCUACGAAGAACAAGAGGCCGGGGGUUUCACCAUGGGAUCGUUCAGGUGGGAAAGCGAAGGCAGGUGCUGGAAAAGAUCGAAAAGGAGGAGCUGGGAAGAGGAAGAGUAGAGAGUUUAAAGAUUCAAAAUAUGGGUUUGGAGGAAAGAAAGGAAUGAAGAAACAGAACACAGCUGAAACCACUAAUGAUUUCAAGGGUUUCAACAAAAGUGAUUCCUUCCAAAAUAAGAAAAGAAAGAAGUGAUCAUGACUUGUUUCUGGGGUUGUUUGGUGGGAAGGUUGUUGAUGCAAAUCAGUUUUGUUUGUUUCAGUUUCAGUUUCAGUUUCAGUUUCAGGCUAAGAAUUGAAUUGUUGUUGUCAUUGAGUAUUCAAGUUUUCAAUCAAUAUUUGUUUUAGUUUCUUCAU